AUGUUGACUGACAGUCAGGAGAAGCUGUGGACUCUCGUGGAGGAGGGCGACCUCAUCAAACUCAAGUGGUACUUGAGGAAGAACCCGGGCCUGGAUGUGAACUUCCAGCGGGGAAGGAGGCGGAGAACCCCGCUGCAUCUGGCCUGUGAGCUGGAUCAGGACUCUGUGCUCCGGUUUCUGCUGAACCACGGAGCCGAUGCCUCUGUGGGAGACUUCAGAGGAGACACGCACCUUCACUACGUGGCCGAGAAGGUGCAGAGACACGGUGGAGCAGACUCAGGUGCUUCUUUCCAGCUUUUCAACUGUUUCUCUCUUUUUGUCUUUUCAGUGUUUGAGCGCUUCUUUGUGCCACUCCAGAAUCCAUGCCCAAAGUCUCAAUAUCUUCCCAACAGAGCUGGAGUCACACCUCUGGACCUGAUGCACAGGAGGAGCAUCAACCCCAACAAGAGGAAAUGUCCUGAAUCUGCACGUCACAAGGAAGAGAGUCGGGAGGCGAAGAAGCGUCGUUAUGAUGAGCAGUGUGACGCUAUGUUCCACAGCGGCGCUUCAUCGCUGACCACAAAGCUGAGCUACAGUGACGUCCCCUGGCCAGCUCCAAAUGGCACCGUCCAUCAAAUGGUGUCCAUCAUGUUUCACGGUGUUGAACGCAGCAACGAAGCAAAGUUUUGCAAAGCGCUCAGGAGGCAACAAGUCAUGUGGCAUCCUGAUAAAUUACCCCAGCGAUGUGGAGCUCGACUGGAGGAUAAGGGCAGACAGAGGAUCCUGGACACAGUUACAGCUCUGUCACAGGAACUCAACAGACUGGCUCAGAAUCUGAGGACGUAACACCAGCACUGUAAGUAACAGCAGAUACUGCAAAACUGUUUAACUUUAAAGUAAACCUGAAGUAAAACUAUAUACUUUUUCUGUUAUUUUGUCAUUUCAGGUCCAACAUUCUUUAUUUUUGCAGGAAGCAUUUGCAUCAUUUGCAAGGGUCAGAGGCAACACGAGGAGUUCCUGGAACAUCUGGCACAUGAAGCAGCAGACAUGGCUGGACCCAGUCUACAAUCCCACAAGACGUGUAGGG